UGCUCUUUGGUUUUGGUCUUGCUUGUAAUCCACUUCCACUCCCACUUCCGCUUCCGCACAUGGGCAGGGCAGCCACUGAGCCUGGCUAGCUUCAUUGCUUGCUUGCUUUUGCUUGAUGGCCUCUGCUUACGUGAAAGCAAGGCAAACCCCCUGAUACUCCUCUCUCUCUCUCUCUCUCUCUCUCUCUCUCUCUCUCUCUAUAUAUAUAUAUAUGUAUAGCACCAGAUAAGAAAACACAGACCAAGUCACCGAGUGAACACACUCUUCUUGGCACUUUUCUGCAUGCCUCUUGGAAAUAUCGAUUUUAUAAACCAAUCUUUCUUACUUUGAUUGGAGCUCGGAGUCUUGGAGACCAACAGCAAGAGAAAAAGCGACAAGAGAUUAUUCAGAUGUAACUGAAUUCUCUCGGUUAUCGAUACUUUAUUAGGCUCUAGUCGGUAUUUGGUGUGGAAAGUGAGCAAUGGACUCUUGCAAAUCCCCUCACAUUGUUCUUCUGCUAUAUCUCUUGCUUUGCUUCUUCUGUCAUUGUUUUGCCAUUGGAGUUGAUACGGACCAGACAGCAAAUCUGCUUGUCGAUGCUUCUCAAGCAUCCGCACGCCCAAUAUCUGACACGCUGUUUGGAAUUUUCUUUGAGGAGAUUAAUCACGCUGGUGCUGGCGGGGUGUGGGCUGAGCUUGUAAGCAACAGAGGUUUUGAAGCUGGGGGACCUAACACUCCUUCUAACAUUGAUCCUUGGGCUAUAAUUGGGAAUGAGUCCUCUUUGAUUGUGUCAACAGACCGUUCAUCAUGCUUUGACCGCAAUAAGGUUGCACUCCGAAUGGAGGUGCUAUGUGACAGCGAAGGCGCCAAUAGCUGCCCUGCUGGGGGUGUUGGAAUUUAUAACCCUGGGUUCUGGGGCAUGAAUAUAGAAAAGGGGAAGACCUACAGUGUUGCGCUUUAUGUUCGUUCAUCUGGAUCAAUCAAUGUAUCCCUAUCACUGACGGGCUUAGAUGGGUUGCAGAAACUUGCUGCUGCUAACAUUAUCGCUUCUGGUUCAGAAGUUUCAAACUGGACAAAAUUCCAGAUUCAAAUGGAAGCCCAAGGAACAAAUCCUAAUUCAAGACUGCAAUUGACAACAAAUAGUAAAGGGGUGAUAUGGUUUGAUCAAGUGUCAGCCAUUCCCUUGGAUACACAUAAGGGACAUGGAUUUCGGAAGGACCUUGUCCAAAUGUUGGCUGAUUUAAAACCUCGGUUUUUCAGAUUUCCAGGUGGCUGUUUCGUUGAAGGUGAAUGGUUACGAAAUGCAUUUCGUUGGAAAGAAACAAUUGGACCCUGGGAAGAGAGACCUGGACACUUUGGUGAUGUUUGGAUGUACUGGACUGAUGAUGGACUUGGUUAUUUUGAGUUUCUCCAACUAUCAGAGGACCUUGGCGCAUUGCCAAUAUGGGUGUUCAAUAAUGGAAUCAGUCACAAUGAUCAAGUUGCUACUUCCAAUGUCUUACCAUUUGUACAGGAAGCUCUUGAUGGUAUUGAAUUUGCUAGAGGCAGUCCUAAUUCUACAUGGGGUUCUCUUCGUGCUAAAAUGGGACACCCAGAACCUUUUGACUUGAGAUAUGUUGCUAUUGGGAAUGAGGAUUGUCAAAAAACGAACUACCUAGGAAAUUACCUUAAGUUCUAUAGUGCUAUAAGAAAAGCCUAUCCUGACAUCAAGAUGAUUUCAAACUGUGACGGUUCUUCUCAAAAGUUGGAUCAUCCAGCUGAUAUGUAUGAUUUUCAUAUCUAUACAUCUUCCAGCGACUUGUUUUCUAUGGCUAAUCAUUUUGAUCACACAUCACGUGAUGGUCCCAAGGCUUUUGUGAGCGAGUAUGCCGUGACUGGAAAAGAUGCCGGAACAGGAAGUCUUCUAGCAGCAUUAGCUGAAGCCGGAUUUCUUAUUGGACUGGAGAAAAACAGUGAUGUUGUUGAGAUGGCAAGUUAUGCACCGCUCUUUGUCAAUACCCAUGACAGACGGUGGAAUCCGGAUGCAAUUGUCUUUGACUCUGCACAGCUUUACGGGACUCCUAGCUACUGGGUGCAAACUCUUUUCAACGUAUCUAGCGGAGCAACUAUUUACAACACAACACUCCAAACAAAUUCUUCUACUUCACUUCUUGCAUCUGCAAUUUCGUGGAAAAACUCAGAAAACGAGAAUACUUACCUAAGAAUAAAGGUUGUGAACUUGGGAACCAACACAGUGAAUCUGAAGGUUUCUGUGAACGGUUUGGAGCCAAAUUCUAUUAGUCCAUCUGGAUCAACAAAAACAGUGCUGACAUCGAACAACGUGAUGGAUGAGAAUUCCUUCAAUGAACCAAAGAAGGUGAUACCGAAACAGAGCUUGCUGGAGUCGGCUGGUGAGGAAAUGGAAGUUGUAAUCUCUCCGCAGUCUUUCACCUCAAUUGAUUUGUUACUGGAAUCAAGCCUUAACGUCGGCACGGAUGGAGCGGCUUCUCUCUUGUUUCUUCUAUGUAAAAGUUAGGGAUGAACAUUGCAUCGUGUCAAUUAAGUCAAGUAAAAUAAUCCAGUUGCCAGUCCCAGUGUAAUCAUAGGCAAUAAUCCAGUGUAAUUAUAUGAAAUAACCUCCCUAAAACAGCGUUUCUCA